UUCCGAGACCGCUGCGGUGUUAGGUUGUGCGCUUGCACGUGGUGCCGACGAGAUCUGAUCAUGAAGUACAUUCUGGUGACCGGCGGCGUGAUAAGCGGCGUGGGCAAGGGUGUCAUCGCCAGCUCGUUCGGCACCAUCCUCAAGCACUGCAAGAUCCGCGUGACGUCCAUCAAAAUCGAUCCGUACAUUAAUAUAGACGCCGGGACGUUCUCGCCAUACGAGCAUGGAGAAGUUUAUGUACUCGACGACGGAGGGGAAGUGGAUCUCGACCUGGGAAAUUAUGAGCGUUUCUUGGACAUCACUCUUCACAGAGAUAACAACAUAACCACGGGAAAAAUUUAUCAACAUGUUAUUACAAAAGAAAGACGUGGCGAUUACUUGGGAAAAACGGUACAAGUGGUGCCUCACAUUACUGAUGCCAUUCAGGAAUGGGUGGAAAGAGUUGCGAAUCAAUCUGUAACAGAAGAUGGAACCAAACCAGAGGUUUGCAUAGUAGAAUUGGGAGGCACAAUUGGAGACAUAGAAGGCAUGCCAUUUGUAGAAGCAUUUAGGCAGUUUCAAUUUAGAGUGAAAAAAGAAAACUUCUGCGUCGCACAUGUAUCUUUGGUGCCGCAGCCGAAAUCAACUGGCGAACCUAAGACGAAACCAACACAAUCUAGUGUGAGAGAACUACGUGGCUUAGGCCUGUCGCCCGACCUCAUUGUUUGUAGAUCGGAAAAGCCUAUUGGCGAUUCCGCGAAAGAAAAAAUUUCGAACUUCUGUCACGUAGCUCCGGAGCAAGUCAUAACUAUUCACGAUUUAACAUCUAUAUACCGAGUACCGCUUCACAUGGAAAAUCAAGGUGUUAUAGAAUUCCUCAACGAUCGAUUGCAACUAAAUAUCGGUCCACGUCCGCGUAGCUUUAUGCGAAAAUGGCGAGACUUGGCCGAGCGUGUGGAUCAUCUAAGGAAAGACGUUAACAUCGCUCUAGUGGGCAAAUAUACAAAACUCGAAGACUCUUACGCGUCUGUUACGAAAGCAUUGCAACACGCUGCCAUUGAGGCCGGAUAUAAAUUGAACUUGACGUUUAUAGAAGCUGCUAAUCUUGAACAUACAACAUUGAUGGAAAAUCCAGUUUCAUAUCAUGAAGCUUGGCAGCAGCUUUGCAAAAGCAACGGCGUCAUCGUACCGGGUGGUUUUGGGAAACGUGGUAUCGAAGGAAUGAUAGAAGCAUGCAAGUGGUGCAGAACGAACGACAAACCGUUUCUCGGUAUUUGUCUCGGUCUGCAAGCUGCGGUCAUUGAAUUCGCGCGAAACGUGUUGAAUCUUGAAGCAGCAAAUAGCACAGAAAUUGAUCCAGACACUAAUUAUUCCGUAGUGAUAGAUAUGCCAGAGCAUAAUCAGGGAAUGAUGGGAGGAACAAUGAGACUUGGCAAAAGACAAACGCGAUUUAAUAACAAUAAUUCUGUGCUGAGAAGAUUGUACAACAAUAAAGAUGUGAUAGAGGAGAGACAUAGACAUAGAUACGAAAUAAAUCCAGAACAUAUCAAUAACUUAGAAACAGCUGGUUUAAAAUUUGUAGGUCGCGACGACGAUGAAAAUAUACGGAUGGAGAUUGCCGAAUUAGAAGGACAUAGCUAUUACGUAGCUACGCAGUUCCAUCCGGAGUAUUUGUCAAGGCCGUUAAAACCGUCGCCGCCAUUCCUCGGCUUAAUUUUGGCCAGUGUGGGCAAACUCAAGUAUUACUUAGCGCGAGGAUGUAAAUUCUCGCCUCGUCAACUGAGCGAUAACGAGUCAGAUGACGAUAUAUAUUUGAUAGAAGAAACGAAAAUGUCUAGUGGCGCAAGUCAAAGCGGUAGUAGUACAGGACUCACUGAUUAGAAUACAAUUAUUAUUGCAAAAUUUUUAUAUUCAUUUUAUUGUCUGAAAGUCUGUCUGCCACACGUUUGUCUGGUCUCUCUUUUUUUAUACAUAGUUUAUCGUUAAAAAUUGAGAUACUAGAGAAAUAUGUGUGCGUUAAUACGUACAGUGAACGUUCACGUUUUAUUUUAUUUGUACGUUUGUUUUAAAUUUUAUAAGUGAAACGCAUUGCUUGUUUUUUCAUUAUUGUAC